GCGAACACACACACACUCACACACACUGACACGCCAGCGAGCUGCUGGUCGCUCAAUGGACCGAUUUCCCUGCUUCCCCUGAUCCCAGCCCAGCCCGGGAUGAGAAAUUGCAAAAUGGCCCGGGUCGCCAGUGUGCUGGGACUGGUCAUGCUCAGCGUCGCCCUGCUGAUUUUAUCGCUCAUCAGCUACGUGUCCCUGAAAAAGGAGAACAUCUUCACCACUCCCAAGUACGCCAACCCAGGGGCGCCCCGAAUGUACAUGUUCCACGCGGGAUUCCGGUCACAGUUUGCGCUGAAGUUUCUAGAUCCGUCAUUUGUGCCCAUUACGAAUUCUCUGACCCACGAACUCCAAGAGAAACCUUCUAAGUGGACAUUUAAUCGGACAGCGUUUUUACAUCAAAGGCAAGAAAUUCUUCAGCAUGUCGAUGUAAUAAAAAAUUUUUCUUUGACCAAGAAUAGUGUUCGGAUCGGACAACUGAUGCACUAUGAUUAUUCCAGCCAUAAAUAUGUUUUCUCUAUUAGCAAUAACUUCCGAUCACUGCUUCCAGAUGUGUCACCCAUUGUGAAUAAGCAUUUUAAUAUUUGUGCUGUGGUUGGAAAUAGUGGGAUCCUGACAGGGAGCCGGUGUGGACAAGAAAUAGAUAAGUCAGAUUUUGUUUUCCGUUGCAAUUUCGCCCCUACGGAGGCUUUCCAAAGAGAUGUUGGAAGGAAAACCAACCUUACCACCUUCAACCCCAGCAUUCUGGAAAAAUAUUACAACAAUCUCUUGACCAUUCAGGACCGUAACAACUUUUUCCUCAGUUUAAAAAAGCUCGAUGGGGCCAUUCUUUGGAUCCCUGCAUUUUUCUUCCACACUUCAGCAACUGUUACCAGGACAUUAGUUGACUUUUUUGUUGAACACAGAGGUCAGUUAAAGGUCCAAUUGGCUUGGCCUGGAAAUAUAAUGCAACAUGUCAACAGGUACUGGAAAAACAAACAUUUGUCACCCAAACGGCUGAGCACAGGUAUUCUUAUGUACACCCUUGCAUCAGCAAUAUGUGAAGAGAUCCAUUUGUAUGGAUUUUGGCCUUUUGGAUUUGACCCCAACACAAGGGAAGAUCUUCCAUACCAUUACUAUGACAAAAAAGGAACCAAAUUUACCACCAAGUGGCAGGAGUCACACCAGCUGCCUGCCGAGUUCCAGCUGCUGUACCGAAUGCAUGGGGAAGGGCUCACCAAGCUGACUCUGUCACACUGUGCCUAAGACUUUGAACAGAAAGUGCCAAAUGGCCAUUUAAAAAGUGCCCCAAAUCAAAUGGAAUAGUCUUCAGAAUAGAACCCUAGAGAAUUCCUUAUAAAGAUUGUCUGCCAUUUAAAAGGAAAGAUGUCUCUCCCUCUUUUGCACUGCUCUUUUAAGGGUCUUGGCAAGACAAAUGAAGCCACAUGACUCAAACUUGAUUGAUAAAGGGAAUGUUGCAUUUGGAACUAUGCUGCUAAUGAAAUGGUUUGAAGUAUUUUCGUGCUUGUAUUUUGAUAAUAAACUGCCUCCCGUUUUUUAUGAGGACUAGAGCUGUAGUUCCCGCAGCUUUGAGAUACAGUCCUCAUAGUCACAGGCCUCUGGCCAGUUUGGGCAGGAUUUCAGUUUUGCCUGGGUGGGAUCAGACUCUUCAAAACGGAAACAAACAAACAAAAAUCGUUGGCAUAUCUCAUCUCUCACUCUCUCUUUUCUCACUGUUGUUCUCGAUCUCUUUCCCUACAACCCCCUGCCCCACCACUGUGGAGUUUAAUAAUUUGCUAGGAAUCAUAUUAAAUUAGCUUUGCUUGUAUGUGUUGCAUCUGUACUCGUCUGAUGUGUUCAAGGCUCUGGGUAACUUUGAUGUUUCAUGACAAACUGACCAAAUCAUGAUGGGUCCCCUUAGGAUUU